GCAAACCGCUGUGAUAUAAGUGGAAUAUACUAUUUCUUGUCGUUGGUUAUUAUCCUAUAACAACACACCCAGUAGUGUUUUAUUCCUUACAUAGUCUGUGUUGUAAUAACACGAUUCUAGUUUAGGGCUGUAAAUAGCAGGAAUGAUAAAUUAGUACAAUUCAAUUGUAAUGUGCAGUGUGUUACAUUUGAACAGCUUGGCAUCAUGUUCGCAGCUUAGAAUGACAUGCAUUCAUUCAGUUCCCCAAUGCCAGGGCAUACUAGAGGCAGCAAUCAACAGCUGCAGUAUAAAAUCUGCCCUUGUUUUAGCCUGGAUAGAAAUACACACGGCAUACUUCAGUAAGGCCACUGUGGCGUCAGACAAUCACUGGGCAUGUACCCUUAUCUUGUGCUGUGUAUGAUUAGAGACAGCUACACUUUCUCUGUCCUGUCAUUUCUCCUUGUGUGGAAAAGCAAGUCAUGCGACAGCUAACUUCUAUAGAAUAUUUAUGGAUAUCAAAUAUAAGGAAAUACAUCAAAAAAGGGAAAACCGUCAUGGUUAAAUUAACAUGUUUAUCCACCAGUCUAUUGUGAAAGGGGUGAAUGCACUCCCUCCAGAGGACCGCCUGCUGAAGUUCUUGGUGGAUAAUUCUGCGGACAGCGAGGAAGCCGUGCAGUGUGCCAACUGUGACUGGGAGUGCAAGAAACAGGAUGUGGAUGCAAUGUAUUAUUGCAACACUUGCAACCAGCCCCUGUGUGGAAACUGCAGAGAAGCCACCCACAAGGCCAAGAUGUUCUCGCGCCAUGAAAUUGUUUCCCUGGCCAAGCGCACCAAGGAAGCCCACAAAAAGUGUGCCCUCCAUGAAGAAUUAUACAUCAUGUUCUCUACGGAGAAGAAGUCUAUGCUUUGCAUCAACUGUUUCAGAGACAUGCCAGUGGAGAGCAGAGCGCACUGCAUUGAUAUUGAGACAGCCUAUAUGCAAGGCUGUGAAAAACUGGACCAAGCCGUUUUAGCUGUGAAGGAGCUCCAGACAUCAGCAAGAGAAGCCAUUGUCCUACUGAAAGCUAUGAUUGGAGAAGUCAGGGCGAAUGUGGAUGAGGAGGAGAGUGCAAUUUGUACCCUUUUUAACAGCAUGCAGGAAAAACUAGCAGAGAGAAAGAAGAUACUGCUCAAGGCAGCUCAAAGCCAGCAUGAGGAAAAGGAACGAGCUUUUAAAGAGCAGCUGUCACACCUGGCUGCACUGCUGCCAACUCUCCAGGUCCAUCUGGUUACAUGCUCUGCUUUCCUUAGUUCAGCAAAUAAGUUUGAGUUUCUAGACAUGGGUUAUCAACUGAUGGAGAGGUUAAAGAAGAUUGUAAAGCUGCCUCACAGACUGAGACCAUCUCAGAGCAGUAAGAUAAACACGGAGUAUCGCUCUGAAUUUGCCCGCUGUCUGGAGCCCCUGUUACUUCUGGGUCAACGACGCUCAGUGUCCACGGCAGGCAGCAUCUCAGGACUGGGCAAUAGCGGUGGACUGCUGCCAUCUGUGACCUGUCACUCCCCAACAGGCGGACACAUGACACUAGAUUCUUCAGUGGUCCGAAAGCCCACUUCUCACCGCUACAUCAGCACUAAAGUCCUCCUGGCUGAGGGUGGAGAGAGUCCCUUCAUGGAGCACUGCAAAAAUUAUGAGAACAGCUACAAGAAUUUGCAGACAGAAAUCCAGAAGCUUAAGGACCAGGUGCAGGAGAUUCACAGGGACCUGACUAAACAUCAUUCCCUCAUAAAGACAGACACCAUGAGCGAGAUCCUGGACAGGUCUCUGGAGAUGGAUGGCGAGAUCUCAUCAGAAUACACAUCUGUCGAGCUGAUGAGGGCCAUGUUUGAGGAAAUCUGGGAAGAGACGUACCAAAGGGUGGCAAACGAGCAAGAAAUUUAUGAAGCGCAACUUUAUGACUUAGUUCAGUUGAAGCAAGAGAACUCUUACCUGACGACUAUUGCUCGGCAAAUUGGUCCUUACAUCCAAUCCAUAGCAAAGGUGAAGGAACGCUUAGAACCCAGCAGGCUCAAGGAGCCAAAGGAGCUUAAAGAUGACCGCACUGAGACUAUGCUGAAAAUUUAUGAGGACAGCAGCAUGGCAGCUGAUACCCAGCACAGCCCCUGGCUAUGCUUCACAGACCUCUUAGAGUCCCCAGACCCCACUUUGAGAACCAAGGGUCUGCAUGAUGACAAUCAAUGAACUAACAUGUACCCAUGAGGACUACUGAACUCUGAACCUAUCCGACGACUCCAACCUCAAAAGCAAGGACCUGUACAGGCUGAACAAGCAGAAAUGCACAACUGACACAAACCACUAUGUCCCUGUUAAUCCACAAGCCAGCUGAUUAAGCAGACCGACAACUUCCUUGACUAAUUGUAGUAUUUGAGAAUUCAAGACAAUAGAUAAGGCAUUGCUGAUGUUUAAAAUGCAAGUGAUCUGCUUUAGAGUGCACUAAUUAAAACAAAGUCGAACAUAAUAUAUUAAAUAUAUUAUUUCUACACGGUCUUUAUAUUAAGUGUUUAUUUCAGAGGUUUGUAGUAGUUCUGUAUGCUCAGUGUCAUAAUCAGGAUUAAUUGUACAGUUCCUUCACAUUUGUCUUUUUGUAAUACUUAAUAUACUGCAACUUGCCAUCCUGCUGUACAUGAAUGAAACCUUUGAGUCUGACAAUUAAUAGCAACUGUUACAGCGGCCAUUCAUUGAAAAGUGCAACAAAUGCUACUUCCUGUCUUCCAGUGAAGCUAGUUCAUGUUGAAAAUGAAGGAAGGAUGUAAAGAUGAAUAUAAAUGGCCCUGGAUAUGACAAUGUACAUAACCACACAAUGCAUUAUCGGAUUUAGUUAAAUGGACUGGAAGGAUUGGUGAAAAUAUUGACACAAUGAUAAAAUGAGAACAGAAAUAGAAACUGACCAAAAUACAUGCAAUGCAUAGAAGUUAUAGAACAUCAAAAACUCAUCCAUGUGACAAACUUUGUGUAUCCAGUGUGCCCAUAAAUACAUCUGUUAGAGUUGGCCACUUCAUGCAGAAUCCAAUUAGCUAGCAGACACUUCUGCCCACUCAACUUAUGGUUGAUUUUUGCCUGCAGCUCCAAGUUUAUCGCCAUUAACUUGGCGCACGAUGUUUAGGAAAGUGUUUAUUAGAGAUUGUCAGCAUUCAGCACUGAGAUCUGCAUGUGCCCAAAACUGCCUGAACAGUGUUAGGAGCAAUCACCAAAAACAAAGUUUAGAAAUAUCAUAAUGUGUAAAACUCCUACAGAAAAAUUUCAAAUGUAAUAAAAUUCCUUUUUGUCCAGCCACAUGACAAACGAAUACCAAAUUCAGACCUGCCAUCCCUGAAGAGGAAUAAUGUGGUCUUAGCUCAGAAAAUCUUCAAUAUUAAUCCAUUCACAAAUCACUUCUCUAAGAAAGUGGAGUGUAUAUAUAUAUUGCUUUUUUGUUUGCUUUCCUACAGAUUUUACCCGGUGCUUCUUUUUGUUGGCAAAGCUGCCACUUGCCUGUUUUAGUUAAGAUGUAUACACUGUAAAUGUUUACAUGCAAGGAAGUCAAAAAGUUCAUUUUCUUUCUUCCUAUUCUAGGAAAAAGAUGUGACAUAUAGCAAUAUAUAAGAAAGUGUGCAUGGAAAAUUUUCGAUUGUCUACAUCUUAACCAAAACGGAAAAACUGCAGCUUUUGCCCACCCCCUGGUAGUUAGCGUACAACCCCACAUAUACAUUCACUCCGGUUUCAACUAUGACAGGAUUAACAACAUCGUUUGAAAAGGUGACUAGUGCUGGAAAGCAAGCAGUGUUUUUAACCACAUUCUAAUUAUCAUUACAUUAUUAUAGAGUUGUUGUUUUUUUUGGCAUUUCAUCUUAUCUGAGUUUUUACCUAAUAAAGAUUAAAAAUACCAUAUGUAAAAUACUAAUUUA